AUGGUGAUCGUGGUCAAAAAUCAGUGCUCAGAGUCGCGGGUGCUUAUGAUGCUUAGCGGUCAGUAUCUACCUUGCCUCCCUCACAGUACGACAGUGUUUGCCGCAACAAAUGAGCUGAAUGAAGAUAAGAGUUUGGCUGUCGAUGGAAUCGAGUGCCCCUCAUUUACCGCUCUAAAUCUGUCAUUGAGCUUACUAGGAAAUAGAUACGGUACAGAUAUAGCAGCAGCCGCCCGAGUGCAACGUGGCGCACGCGGAGCGCCGGGCGACCGCAGAGGCGCCGGCACCGCGUCAGAGCUGCGCCGGCGGGCGGCGGGCGGGCAGCGAUCGCGCGGCGAGGGGGGCGGAGCGGGCGGGGCGGGGCGGGGCGGACGGGUGCGGAGCGCGCGAAGAGGCGCAUUGCGGCACGCAGCCUCCCCGCCAGCGGCGCCCCUCCCCUCCGCCCCCGCCACGGACGCGCGCGCGCGGGCGAACGGACGGACGGCGGACGGGCGCGGACCCGAGGGCUCUGCUCGAGGAGCGGUGGGGAACGACAGCGACAACGGACUCGAAGGCGACGCUUGCAGGGUGUGGCUGCUUUUACUGCAGUCGGGUCGGGUCGGGUCCCUGGGCGGGUUCGCGGGGGCGUGCUGCGGGUCUCGUUGUGAGGGCGGGGCGGGCCGAGGGGGCGGGGCGGGGGCGGUUCGCGGAAGUCGCGGGGGCGAGCGGUCCGCUCAGGGGGCGGCGUGGGCGAGCUCGUCCGCCGCCGCCCGCUGCGGCGCGCACUUCCCCAAAAUGUCGGCCGCUCGAUAG